AUGAAUUUCAUUAAAGAAGUCAUUUGUGAUAAUAACGAUGAAGUGUAUAAAUACCUUCUCGGCUGGAUUGCAUCAAUGAUUCAACAUCCUGGAAUCAAGAAUGAAACAGCAAUUAUUUUGAAAGGACUUCAGGGAACAGGUAAAAACAGAUUCACGGACAUUAUUUCCGAACUUCUCGCCGGUUAUUCAUGUAAAAACAUUACUGAAAUAGGUGAGCUAACGGGUAAUUUCAAUUCAGUGGUUGAGAAUAAAAUGUUUCUUGUACUUAAUGAACUCAAGAAUGUGGGUGAAGAUAGACUCGCAAACUUCAACGCUUUGAAAUCAAUUAUAACGGAUAAUGAGAUAAGAAUUAAUGAAAAGAAUCAACCCAGAAGAACAGCUCAGAAUGUUGCAAACUUCAUUUUCGUAACUAAUAACGUUUACCCUGUCAAAAUUGAAGUUGGAGACAGAAGAUAUGUAGUUUUAAGAGUUAAUGGUAAAUUUAAGGGUCAAUUUGAUUACUUCAAGAAUUUAAUGGAUUCAUGCACAAAGGAAUUUUAUGAUAAUUUGCUGACGUAUUUUAUGCAAUAUGACCUUUCAUCAUUUAAUGUACGAAUCAUACCGAUGACUGAAGCCAAACAAGAUUUAAUUGAAUUAUCAUCAAAUCCUUUAGAUGUAUGGAUAAAUACACAUUAUGAUGAAUUGUGUGCAGGUAUGACGUGUAAAAAUGCUCUAUUCUGCAAACCAUCAGACAUGAAAGACAAGAAUUUUCAAAUGAGUAUUAAGGAUAAAUGUGAUAGGAAACAUAGAAGAAUAGACGAUAAACAAACAUGGUGUUAUGUUUUGAAAGAAGAAAUGAAAGGAUUAUAUAAACAGGUUGAACCAAACGAUAAUGAGGAUUCAUUUACUGACGAUGAAAUACCUGUAAAUGAAGCUUUAUAA